AUGGCGCUCGCUGACUGCCCUUGGCUCCCAAUGGGAGGGCGUUCUGCCCAGGCCCGUGCGCCCGACGGGCCGCCCGUGGCGCCACGGCUGCCUCCCGCGUGGGACUGCCUGAGCAGCACCCCGGAGCUGGAGUCGAUGCUAGGCUCCUUAGCAGUGGCCAGGGUGGCGCUCCGUGCGGGCACCGCGGCUGCCCGGGAGCGCGAGGGGGUCCGGGGCCCUGCCGGUUCGGCUGCGCCGCGGGCGUUUGCGCGCCUGGUCGGGCCGGCUCCGUCGAUUCUGGUGCCGCUGCCGCGUCGCUGCGCCUUUGGCGGGCCGCUCGUGCGGGCCCUCGGCGCCGCGCUCGCGCACGUCCGCUCGCUCAGCUUCGAGGCGUUCCACCGGGACGUCGAGAGGGCCCCCGAGUGGUCCCUGCAGAGGGCGGCGAAGGUCUGGCCCCUCUCGAGGCAGGGCGCGAUGCCCGCCGCGGUGGCGCCCGGCGGCCCGCCCGGGCGCGCGGCGGCGGAGGCGCGCCUCUGGCCGCGCCCGGCCCGGGCGGCGUCGCGCGCAUGCCGCGCGCCGCCCGCCGAGGGCGCCGAGGGCGCCGCGUGCCAGCCCCCGCAGGGCUCGCGCUCGACCACGCCGAGCAGCCGGGGCGCGGCCUGGGCCUCCGCGGAGUGCCCGCGCGGCGGCGCGGAGGGCGCGGGGGCGGACGCGGGCGCGGACAGCGACGGCAGCUCCGAGGACGUGCCAGACGGCCCGAUCUCCCUGCAGGUGUGCAACACCUUCAUCUCCGUGCAGUGCGGGGAGCGCCCGCGGGAGCGCCUCGCCAGGGCGCGCGGGGCGCACAGCUGCCCGCCCGGCUGCAGCCCCGCGGGCGGCCGCGGGCCCGCCGCCGCGGGCCCGCCGGAGGCGCCGCCGCCGCCCGAGGCGGAGGCGGUGCCGCGCACGCCGUCCCCGCCGCCGCCCGCGCUGCCGCGGCGCGUGGCCUCGACGCCCGCCGGGCUGCACGAGGCGGGCGAGGUGCCGGCCGGGGCGGCGCCGAGCCGGGGCGCGGCGCUGCACUUCGAGGGCCGCUGCAGGCCGUGCGCCUUCAGCGCGCAGGGCUCCUGCAAGAGCGGGUCCUCCUGCGGGUACUGCCACCUCUGCGAGGCGGGGGAGAAGAAGCGGAGGUGCAGGGAGUGGAAGGAGCGGAAGAAGACCAUGGAGGCGGUCGCGCUCCCGAAGGACGCGCCAGGCCCUGCCUCGCCGCAGCGGCCCGAGGUGCCGGCGUCGCCGGCGUCGCGGCCGCCCCGGGCCAGAGGCUCCUCGGGCUGCGCCACGCCUGUCAGGCGGAGCGGGGGUCGCACGCCCGGGGCCGCGAGCGGAGAGGGCACGCCCGCGGCGGCGAGGUGGGCCGACCUGGGCGAUGGCCGCUGAAGUGCUCCCCCGUCAAGGGGGAGCCGCCGUGCGCCGGCCAUCCCUUGGACGGCGCCCUGCAGGGCCGAAUUCGUGGAGGGCUGGUGAUUGAGACCCCGAGCUCCGGGCCAUCGAAUGUGUCCACCCUGGACGUUUUCGUCUGGUUUCUUGCCCUGUGGCCUCUACAUAUCGAUCCGCAACUUUUUCGCAACGCUGGAUAUGAGGGGACAGCAAGCGGAGGACGACAUUCCGCCGACUCCAUCGUGGUUUCGGCCGCCCAUGCAGGAAGGACUCGCCGCUGCUCUCGACGACGACAGCUACGCGAACGGGAGCGGAGGGGCCGAGAUGUGGCUUGCUCUUCUGACAGCCUUAUAUGAAACUCUCCCAAGACGUCGAUGUCAGGAGUCCGUAAGGUUUCCAAGCUGCCUGGAGGAGCCCCGCUCCAGAAGACCCUGGAGAUCUUGGGUGAUGCUUAGCGGGCGUGCGCAACGCGAAGCGAGCGCACUGACCCAGCCUCAUUGAGGGGUCUUUUCUGGUUAAUCACAGCCGGUCCACGGGAUCCGGCGUCAGCAAUGUGUACAUUCGAUAGACACUGACCAGGCCAUCGUCCUGCAGCUGGAUUCGUAAUUCAAGUGACGCUGCAAUGAAGGUCGCCACCGCGUGGCUUUAGACGUGCAGGGGCACUGCUGUAUCAGUGCACGCGCUCGCGAGGGCGAGCAAAUUCGACAUUUAGCGAUCCUGGCUGUCGAGGCGGUGCUCAAAUGUCUCCAGUUUGCUUGGCCAGAAUGUCAUCACAUGCCGGAACGGCUAUAACCAGCCUUUCAGUAGGGCAGUGCCAGCCAUUCCCCAAACAGCGCUUGCACUGAGGGUUCGGAGGCUG